GAUUAAGUUAGUAAGACAGCAUGUAAAGAAAGAUUCUAAUUUGUUGGUUGUUUGGGCUCUCAGUUCAUAUCCAGUAGAGCGUAAAGAUUAUGAUAUCGAAUUAUAUUUAUUUAUGCCAAAUAAUUUGGCUGAAAGUGACCCGGAGUCUCAGGCUAUUUUUGUGAAGGAUGGUUUUUUUUCUGUUGGGAUAACGGUUUUGACUUCUACUUAUUUGAUGAUAUUUAAUAAGGUUGUGGUAUCUAAUAAAUGUCCUUUAAAAGUUUCUUUAGUUGGUAUUCCUCAGGAAAUACCAAAUGUGGUUAAGGAGGAUGCUAUUGUUCAGACUUUGGUUACCGAUUAUGCUGGUCAGGAGCAUAAUUUUAUUAUGAAAAUUGUCUUUCCAUAUUAUAAUUCAUGUUUUGCUCACUUGAAAGACACUAUUCGGCCUCAAGAAUCACUUAUAUUUAGUAUUUUUUCUGGUAAUAGUGUUUCUCAAGGAUUUUCGUCUUCUAGACAUUCAAAUCGUUCUAAACUUCUGGAUACACAUCAUAAUGCUUCCGAAAGUUCUAAAGAUAGUUCUGGUUUCAAAACUGUGUUUUCUGCAGUUUUAAAUGAUGGUAUUAACAGAUCUGAUUUUAAUUGUUCAAAUGAUGCUUGUUCUUCAAAGCAUAUUCGAGUUGAAGAUUUUAAUAAUUCUGAUGAAGAAUUUUUGGAAAACAGUUUUGAAAAUGAAAAUCUACAUGCAUUUGAAAUAAUAUCAGUAUUCUAG